AUGUGGACGUUUGGGCGCCGCGCAGUCUCUGGCUUCUUGUUCCGGGCGGCGCUCCCGGGCCCAGUCCAGGCCCGCGCUGGCGCUCCCGUGUCGGCGGAAGAUACCUCUCCGUGCGGCCGUCGGAGCCUGCGGGUUAGGACCGCAGCAGCCUGCGCACCCAGCCAAGCUAGUUUGAACUUCUGCUGCCUCAACCAGAUUCUGAAUGUCAAAAAGCAGAGCAUCCAUUUGAUGAAUUUGAGGAAAACAGGAACUUUGGGUGAUGCAAGCUUUCUAGAUGAGACCACCUAUGAAAGACUGGCAGAGGAGACGUUGUAUUCCCUUGCAGAGUUUUUUGAAGACCUUGCAGACAAACCUUACACGUUUGAAGACUAUGAUGUCUCGUUUGGGAGUGGUGUUUUAACAAUUAAACUGGGUGGAGGUCUCGGAACCUACGUGAUCAACAAGCAGACCCCAAACAAGCAAAUCUGGCUGUCUUCUCCUUCCAGUGGGCCCAAGCGUUAUGACUGGACCGGGAAAAACUGGGUAUACUCCCACAACGGCGAAUCCCUCCACCAGCUGCUGGCCACCGAGUUUUCCAAAGCUUUAAAAACGAAACUGGACCUGUCUUCCUUAGCCUAUUCCGGAAAAGACAGUUGAUACCCAGCCCAGUUUUAA